GUACCGGGAGCCCGGUCGAGAUGGAGGAAGAUGCGACCGGAGGCCAUCAGUCGCCAGAAACAGAGGAUAGAGUGGGAGCUGCGGUCUAGAGGUCCGCGCUUGGAGUUCACCUCAGACGGGGCGGAACCGCCCUGAUCUGAGAAGGUCUCCAGGCACAAUGGAGGACAAACGUAACAUCCAGAUCAUCGAGUGGGAACACCUGGACAAGAAGAAGUUCUAUGUGUUUGGUGUGGCAAUGACAAUGAUGAUCCGUGUCAGCGUCUACCCAUUCACCCUCAUCCGCACUCGCUUGCAGGUUCAGAAAGGCAAGAGCCUCUACCAUGGGACCUUUGAUGCCUUCAUCAAGAUCCUACGGGCAGAUGGCGUGACUGGCCUCUACCGGGGGUUCCUGGUCAACACCUUCACCCUCAUAUCUGGCCAGUGCUAUGUUACCACUUAUGAGCUCACCCGGAAGUUUGUAGCUGACUACAGCCAGAGCAACACAGUCAAAUCACUGGUGGCCGGUGGCUCGGCCUCUCUCGUGGCUCAGAGCAUCACGGUGCCCAUUGAUGUGGUCUCCCAGCACCUGAUGAUGCAGCGCAAGGGUGAGAAAAUGGGCCGCUUCCAAGUGCAAGGGAAUCCAGAGGGACAAGGGGUAGUUGCCUUUGGCCAAACCAAGGACAUCAUCAGGCAGAUCCUGCGGGCUGAUGGACUUCGUGGCUUCUACCGGGGCUACGUGGCUUCGCUGCUUACUUACAUCCCGAACAGUGCUGUCUGGUGGCCCUUCUACCACUUCUAUGCAGAGCAGCUCUCGUCCCUCUGCCCUAAGGAGUGCCCUCACAUCGUCUUUCAAGCCAUCUCGGGGCCUCUGGCUGCAGCCACUGCUUCCAUCCUCACCAAUCCCAUGGAUGUCAUCCGAACCCGAGUACAGGUUGAGGGCAAGAACUCCAUCAUCCUGACCUUCCGACAGCUGAUGGCAGAAGAGGGGCCUUGGGGCCUCAUGAAAGGCCUCUCCGCCAGAAUCAUCUCAGCCACGCCCUCAACCAUUGUCAUUGUGGUGGGCUACGAGAGCCUCAAGAAACUCAGCCUCCGACCUGAGCUGGUGGACUCAAGACACUGGUAACCAGUGAUGGGGAGAGAAGCCUGCUGUUUCCCACACUACUCUGGGUCGGGGGCAGAGAGGAGAGGGUAGCACCCUCUUCAGGUGCCCCACCACAUACCGAGUCCGGCCCUGGGUCAGGGACAGAGACUUUGAACUGCUCUUGCUGAAGAGGCUCCACGCCUGGAUCCCCUGCUCUCAUUAUUUUUUAAUUUUCUUGCCUAACUGGGCUCACUCAUUCAGUACAGGUACCGUCCUGCCCUAAGGAAAUCCACUCUCCCUGCCAAUCCCACUCCAUCCAUCCCCUGCCAAUCCAUCUCUGCCUUCCCCCUCCAUCUGUGUCCCUGAGAUCCUGAGAAGAGCUGCACAUAGAACUUGCUUACUACCACUGGUUCUUCCUCUUGGGCUUUCAGCCCAGAUUCCAAGCAGUUGCCAUCAGCCCUUUCCUGCUUCAUCUCUUAGGCUUGCUUAUUUUUAUUUUGGGACUGAGCUGCCCACCAGACUACUCUGCUUUUCCCUGCCACUGGGGGCAAGGUGCCAGGCACUUUUGCACAGGGGGUGGGGGCAGCAAAAACCUCUGGUUCUCCAGAGCACUCAUCCUCUCUUUGGAGAGUUAUUAGGUUGGGGAGAAAUGUUGAUACUUUAUUUUGUGUGUGUAUUUUUCUGUGAACCAGGCUACUGUCUUAGUCCUGCUGAAGCACCAAUCCUGCAGUCAGAGCCCACCCCUUCCUCAGACAGGUGGAAAAAUAUCAUGUAGCUUUUCCCUCAAUCCCAGUUAUCUAUCCCUCCCAGUCCCUUCAGUCCCAGCAGCCCCAGGAUAUAUAAGCUGUUUUUUUCUCCUGGCCCAGAUGACUACAGUGGUGGGCACAGCUCUAAAUAGAUCAGACUGUCUGGGACACACUGGACUUGGAACAUUACCCUGAAAAGUCUGGUUGAGAGAGUAGUUGGUUUGGAAAGUGACAGGAGGAUAUGUGUGCCCUAGCGCAUCUCCCUCGACCAGCUGAGCCAAACCUAGGAGAGGGCAGUGGAGGUUCUCAGCCCCAGGCAGUCAUGACACACAUAUAUACCCCAAUCACUUGGACUCACAGAAACAGAUGUUGUCUCACAGUGGGAAUCCCUGAGAUGUGGAACUGUUUGUGUUUUUCUUCUCUCCGAUCUGAGGAGUCAUCCCGGUCAUGGUACCUUCUGGAGGGAUGCUU